CACUUCUAAAAAUUCAUUUUCGCAAAAGUAAUUUGAGUUCCUUUUUUCUCAACUCUCAAAGAAAACACAUAAGGGGGGAAAUCGAAAGAUUACCAAGAAAAGGUUUCAGAUUGAUUCAGUCGUCUUUCUUGAGUUGAAAUGUACAGCGGUGGAUACCAGCAUACAGACCCGAACCCAUAUGAGGACCCGACGAACGACGUGGUGGUGGAAGUGGAUGAGGAGGAAGAGGAGGAUGAAUCGGCAGAGAUAUCACAGGAGGAUGCAUGGACUGUGAUCAGCUCCUACUUCGAGGAGAAGGGUUUGGUUCGACAGCAGUUGGAUUCUUUCGACGAGUUCAUACAGAACACAAUGCAGGAGAUUGUGGAUGAGUCCGCCAACAUCGAGAUCCGCCCUGAGGCCCAGCAUAAUCCGGGUCGGAGCUCCGAGUUUGUUGAGACAAUCUACCGGAUCAGCUUUGGUCAGAUAUACCUGAGUAAACCUAUGAUGACAGAGUCUGAUGGAGAGACGAAUACAUUGUAUCCGAAAGCUGCAAGGCUGAGGAACUUGACCUACUCUUCACCGUUAUAUGUGGAUGUGACAAAGCGAGUCGUAAAGAAAGGGUUUGACUGUGAACAGGUCACGGAGACACAAGAGUUCACCAAAGUUUUCAUAGGAAAGGUUCCAAUUAUGCUCCGUUCGAGCUACUGUAGUUUGUAUCAUCUAUCUGAAAAGGACUUAACCGAGAUGGGGGAGUGCCCUUAUGAUCAAGGUGGAUACUUCAUAAUAAACGGGAGCGAGAAAGUCCUGAUUGCUCAGGAGAAGAUGAGCACCAAUCAUGUUUAUGUGUUUAAGAAGCGCCAGCCUAACAAAUAUGCUUAUGUAGCAGAAGUUAGGUCUAUAGCUGAGUCCCAAAACAAAGCACCCAGCGGCAUGUUUGUGAGGAUGCUUUCCAGACCUGGUGCAAAAGGGGGAUCCUCGGGGCAAUACAUCCGUGCUACACUCCCAUACAUUAGGACGGAAAUUCCUAUCAUUAUUGUCUUCCGUGCACUUGGUUUUGUGGCGGAUAAAGAUAUUUUGGAACAUAUCUGCUAUGAUUUCAAUGAUACACAGAUGAUGGAGUUGCUCCGGCCUUCCUUGGAAGAGGCAUUUGUGAUACAAAAUCAGCAGGUUGCGCUUGAUUACAUCGGUAAGAGAGGAUCUACUGUGGGGGUUACAAGAGACAAAAGAAUUAAGUAUGCGAAAGAAAUCCUCCAAAGGGAGAUGCUUCCACAUGUUGGUACUGAGGAAUACUGCGAGACUAAGAAAGCUUAUUAUUUUGGAUAUGUCAUUAAUAGGCUAUUACUUUGUGCGCUUGGACGAAGGCCAGAAGAUGAUCGGGAUCACUACGCAAACAAGAGGCUCGACCUUGCUGGUCCCUUAUUAGGGGGUUUAUUUCGAAUGUUAUUCAGAAAAUUAACCAGGGAUGUGAGAUCCUAUGUUCAAAAGUGUGUUGAUAAUGGGAAGGAUGUAAAUUUGCAAUUUGCAAUCAAAGCAAAAACGAUGACAAGCGGACUCAAAUAUUCUCUUGCUACCGGGAACUGGGGGCAAGCCAAUGCAGCUGGAACUAGAGCAGGAGUUUCUCAGGUGCUUAAUAGGUUGACGUAUGCCUCAACACUUUCCCAUCUAAGGAGAUUAAACUCACCUAUUGGCCGUGAGGGUAAAUUGGCUAAACCGAGACAAUUGCACAAUUCCCAUUGGGGAAUGAUGUGUCCUGCAGAAACACCUGAAGGACAAGCAUGUGGGCUGGUCAAGAACCUUGCACUUAUGGUGUACAUAACAGUAGGAUCAGCAGCAAACCCCAUUUUAGAGUUUUUGGAUGAGUGGAGUACAGAGAAUUUUGAGGAAAUAUCACCAGCAGUGAUUCCUCAAGCUACAAAAAUAUUUGUAAAUGGUAGCUGGAUUGGCAUUCACCGUAACCCAGAGCUGUUGGUGAGGACUCUCAGACAGCUGAGGCGACAGGUUGAUGUGAACACAGAAGUUGGCAUUAUCCGUGAUAUACGUCUUAAAGAGCUUCGACUAUAUACAGAUUAUGGUCGCUGCAGUCGCCCCUUAUUCAUUGUUGAUAAACAAACGUUGCUAAUAAAGAAGAAGGAUAUUCUUGCCCUGCAGCAACGAGAAACCCCUGAGGAAUACGGUUGGCAUGAUCUUGUCAGGAAAGGAUUUAUCGAGUAUGUCGACACAGAAGAAGAGGAGACCACAAUGAUAUCAAUGACGAUCAACGACCUUCACAAUUCAAGGCGUAAUCCAGACGAUGCUUACUCUGAAACAUACACUCAUUGUGAAAUCCAUCCAUCACUGAUAUUGGGGGUUUGCGCUUCAAUCAUACCAUUUCCUGAUCACAACCAGUCUCCUCGUAACACUUAUCAGUCGGCAAUGGGAAAGCAAGCAAUGGGAAUAUAUGUUACUAAUUACCAACUACGAAUGGAUACAUUAGCCUAUGUACUUUACUAUCCUCAGAAGCCCCUUGUCACUACUCGGGCAAUGGAGCAUUUGCAUUUUCGACAGCUUCCAGCUGGAAUAAAUGCCAUUGUUUCCAUUGCCUGCUAUUCUGGAUACAACCAAGAAGAUUCCGUGAUCAUGAACCAAUCUUCAAUUGACCGUGGAUUCUUUCGGUCCUUAUUCUUCCGUUCAUAUCGGGACGAGGAGAAAAAGAUGGGAACGCUAGUUAAAGAGGAUUUUGGUCGUCCUAAUAGGGACACCACUCUGGGAAUGCGACAUGGAUCUUAUGACAAAUUAGACGAUGAUGGCUUUGCACCUCCUGGUACAAGAGUCUCUGGUGACGAUGUUAUUAUUGGGAAGACAACACCAAUUUCUCAGGAGGAAGCUCAAGGAAAAUCUACGAGAUUCACGAACAAGGAUCACAGCACUAGUUUACGCCAUAGUGAAAGCGGAAUUGUAGAUCAGGUUCUGUUGACAACAAAUGCUGAUGGAUUGAGAUUUGUAAAAAUUCGGAUGCGAUCAGUUCGAAUACCUCAAAUUGGAGACAAAUUUAGCAGCAGACAUGGGCAAAAGGGAACAAUUGGAAUGACUUACACACAGGAAGAUAUGCCAUGGACAAUUGAAGGCAUUACUCCGGAUAUAAUCGUUAACCCCCACGCCAUUCCUUCUCGCAUGACAAUCGGUCAGCUUAUUGAAUGCAUCAUGGGAAAGGUGGCUGCACACAUGGGCAAGGAAGGAGAUGCUACACCUUUCACUGAUGUUACCGUGGACAAUAUCAGCAAAGCUCUUCAUAAAUGUGGUUAUCAAAUGCGUGGCUUCGAGACAAUGUACAAUGGCCACACGGGCCGUCAGCUCACGGCUAUGAUAUUUCUUGGACCGACCUAUUACCAGAGGCUGAAGCACAUGGUGGAUGAUAAGAUCCACUCUCGGGGUCGAGGUCCGGUGCAAAUCCUGACUAGACAGCCUGCGGAAGGAAGAUCUCGAGAUGGCGGUCUAAGGUUUGGGGAGAUGGAGCGUGAUUGCAUGAUUGCUCAUGGAGCUGCUCACUUCCUGAAAGAGAGGUUGUUUGAUCAGAGUGAUGCAUAUAGGGUUCAUGUAUGUGAGAACUGCGGCUUGAUUGCAAUUGCUAAUCUGAAGAAGCAUUGCUUUGAGUGUAGAGGUUGCAAGAACAAAACGGACAUCGUUCAGAUAAACAUUCCUUACGCCUGCAAGCUUCUAAUUCAAGAACUGAUGGCUAUGGCCAUCUCCCCAAGGCUGCUCACAAAGGAUAUUCAAACAUCAAAGGAACAAAAGAAGAAAGGUGGAUAAUGCAUCUGUUUGCU